AUCCAAAUGAUGAAGAUGUUGACAUCAGAAUAGUCGAUGCGGAGAGUAGUGAGGAGCUCAGAGAACCUGGAAAAGAGGGAGAAAUAUGGAUUAGUAGCCCCAGUUCUGGAAUUGGUUAUUGGGGGAGAGAAGAUGCCAGCCAGAAGACUUUUGGAAAUGAAAUUCAGAAUCACCCUGGAAGAAAAUAUACCAGAACUGGAGACCUUGGAAGAAUUAUUGAUGGAAAGUUGUUUAUCACUGGAAGAAUCAAGGAUCUUAUCAUUGUAGCAGGAAGGAAUAUUUACUCUGCUGAUGUUGAAAAGACUGUGGAGAGCUCAUCUGAACAUCUGCGCCCGGGUUGUUGUGCUGUCAUUGGUGUUCCGGAGGAAGUCCUAUCAACAAAAGGUAUUUCAGUUCCAGAUAGUUCUGACCAGGUUGGCCUAGUUGUGAUUGCUGAGGUUAGAGAUGGUAAACCUGUUGAUAAGGAUGUCACUGAACAAAUUAGAACCCGAGUUGCAGAAGAACACGGUGUUACUGUUGCUUCUAUCAAGCUGAUCAAACCCAGGACUAUAAGUAAAACAACGUCAGGGAAGAUCAAGAGAUUUGAAUGCCUCAAACAGUUUGUUGAUGGAAGUCUGAACACAGUCCCCGAACCACUUUUUUCGAAGAAAAAAUUGGUCCGAUCAUUCACUACUGGAACAUGUAAAGAAGGCAGAACACCAAGACCUCAGCUUGUGAGUUCUCCAGUGUCAGGACCUAAACUGACUAACAAAGAUAUUGUGGAGUUUCUGAAAGGACUAGUUUCCGAGCAGACAGGGAUUCCUAUCAUAAAAAUCUCUGCCACAGAAAGCCUGGUAUCUUAUGGAAUUGAUUCGAUUGGCGUCGUUAGAGCUGCUCAAAAACUUUCUGAUUUUCUUGGAGUGCCGGUUGGAGCAGUAGAUAUCUUUACUGCAACCUGCAUUGUGGACUUGGCAAACUUCUCAGAGAAUCUUGUAACGAAGUCUCAACCUCAACUCAUGAACAACUCAACCGAUACUCCAGAGCCUGAGAUAGAAUAUUCUGAGAUGGAGAUGGAAGUUUCUAAAACUCGCCAAUUUGGUAUAUGCAUUUUCCAACUUCUGGCUCUUCUUUAUGUUUCAGCCAUGCUGAUACUUCCUGCUUAUCUAUCAAUUUCUGCUUUCAUCAAUUUGGUCUCAAUCACACACUUGGGAUAUUUGUUCUCCUUGGUUUUUGCUCCUCUUGCUUGGAUCCUUUGCAUAGUUUCCACUUGCAUUUCCAUUGCUUUCUUUGGAAAUUCUUUCCUGAGACCAAACUAUAUAUUGAAUCCUGGAAUUUCCAUCUGGUCAACGGAUUUUGUCAAAUGGUGGGCACUUUAUAAGACUCAAGAAGUUUCUUCUAAAGUUCUUGCAGUCUAUUUAAGAGGAACAGUUUUCCUGAAUUACUGGUUUGAGAUGCUAGGAGCUAAGAUUGGAUCAUCAGUGUUGCUCGAUACUGUUGAUAUCACAGACCCUUCUCUUGUUUCAAUUGGAGAUGGAGCUGUGAUUGCUGAAGGGGCUUUGGUUCAAAGCCAUGAGGUAAAGAAUGGAGUCCUGAGCUUCCUCCCAAUUAGAAUUGGCAGAAACUCUUCAGUUGGCCCAUAUGCUGUGAUUCAGAAAGGAAGUAUAAUAGGAGAAGAAGCCGAAUUAGCCCCCUUGCAAAAGAGUGAACCAGGCAAACUCAUAUUCAAAUCUUCCAAGGCAAACAGUGCUCAAAAGGGUACUGCAGUUCAGCCAAAUGAGGCCAUUUACCAAUUCAUGGGAAUCUACAUGGUCAGUUUCAUCAGUACUUUAGCCGCGGCUGUUGUCUACCUCUUCUACCUUUGGCUGUCUCAAAAGCCGGCUUCUGUUCAACAAUUUUCAUUUCUUUGUAUAGCCGGAGCCUUCCAUUGGAUUCCAUUCACCGUCACAGCAUAUGCCACCAUGUUCACCAGCAUUCCUUCAAACCCAGCUUACUGUGCUAUCUUAGUUGCCAUUGCUUAUUUGUUUCAUGGCCUCGUACUCAGCUUCCUCACAUGCAUUUCAGCCCACUUUCUUGCUGGUAAAGAAGAGGAGAAACAAUCCCACAUGAAGGUUUGGCUUUGCAACCGGAUUACCAUCGCCUCUCAUCUAAGAUUUGCAAAGCUCUUAUCUGGAACAGAAGCAUUCUGUAUGUACUUACGCCUUUUGGGUGCGAAGGUCGGGAAACAUUGUUCAAUCAGAGCUAUCAAUCCAGUUUCAUGUCCAGAGAAAAUUACAAUUGGUGAUGGUGUCCAUCUCGGUGACUUCAGCCGGAUCAUUGCUGGAUUCUAUUCCUCUAAAGGGUUUACUUCAGGGAAAAUUGAAGUGCAAGACAACUCAGUGAUUGGAAGUCAAAGCCUAAUCCUCCCUAAUUCGGUAGUUCAAAAAGAUGUUAUUCUUGGUGCACUUUCAGUUGCUCCAAUGCAUUCAGUUCUGCAACAGGGCGGUGUUUAUGUUGGAUCUCAACCUCCAGUCAUGAUCAAGAACACAAUGCAUGCUUUGGAUGACAGGAUAGAAGAAAUGGACAUGAAAUACAAGAAAAUUGUAGGCAACUUGGCUGCAAAUUUAGCAGCCACAACUUUGAAAGUUAAAUCAAGAUACUUCCACCGAAUUGGUGUCAGUGGAAAGGGACAGCUGAAGAUUUAUGACAACAUUGAAGGCCUGUCAGGUCACAAGAUCUUCAAUCCUGGAAAAUGUUACCCUGUGGUAGUCCGGCAUAGCAAUAGCCUGAGUGCUGAUGAUGAUGCAAGGAUAGACGCACGUGGUGCAGCGAUAAGAAUACUUUCGGAUGAAGUUGGUGCUACCUCCCCACUACUUGAUCUUACACUAAAAACAGGCAAGGCAUUCUAUGCACGUUCGAUUGCAGAUUUCGCGACAUGGCUUGUGUGUGGACUUGCCGCAAGAGAAGAGCAUGUGAAGAGAGUGCCACACGUUCGCGAUGCAGUGUGGAUGUCCCUUCGCCAUGCUGACUCGUACGCAGAGCUACAUUAUUACUCAAACAUUUGUAGGCUUUUCAGGUUCACAGAUGGACAAGAAAUGUAUGUGAAGUUCAAGUUGAGGCCUUAUGAUGAAAACAUUUCUGAGGAUUCUGGUAAAGUGGAGCCUGUUGGGAUUCUUCCUCCGGAAACUGGGGCAAUUCCGAGGGACGAGAAAGACACUCGCCCUUUGCUUUUCCUUGCUCAAGAUUUCCAGAACCGAGUAAAUUCUACAGGCGGUGUUCACUACAUUUUUCAGCUACAAGUCCGGCCAGUUCCACAGGACGAAGCCGCUUGCGACAUUGCACUUGACUGCACCAAACCAUGGGAUGAGACUGAGUUCCCAUAUAUUAAUGUGGGGGAGAUUAGUCUUGAUCAAAAUCUCUCCAGGGAAGAAUCAGAAACUCUUGAAUUUAAUCCCUAUCUUCGAUGCCACGAAGUUGAUGUCAUUCCAGCUUCAUCUUGCUCUCAAAGUGCUUCAAUCGAUCACGGUCGUUCAUUAAUCUACGAGAUUUGCCAGCAUCUGCGAAACGGGGAGCCACUUCCAGAAUCCUGGAGGAUCUUCUUGGAGCAAUCUGAUGUAAAAGUAGACCUUUCAGGGUGUCCAAUGGCAGCAGCCCUGGAGAAAAGACCUGAAGAGCAAGUGACCCUGGCAAGAAAUUGGCACCAAACAUUAUGGUCCAUUUUCGCUCAACCAUUGCUACAAACAAUCUUCCCAUAUUUCCUCUUAUUCCUAACAAUCCUUCCUCCGUUAAACCGGUUACUUCUCCUGGAAGCAACCAAGAAACUCCCACUGCACUGGUUACUUCCCAUCUUUUGGACCUCUACCGGAAUCCUAUCAGCAUUUGCUUGUGUUUUAGCCAAAUGGGUUCUCGUAGGAAAAAAGAAAGAGGGCAAAAGCGCGAAGAUUUGGAGUAAAGCUGUCUUCAUGGACACGACAUGGCAGGCUUUCAGGACUCUAGUGGGGGAUUAUUUCAUGGAGCUAACAGGAGGGUCAUUCUUAUUCAUUUUAUGGAUGAAAAUGAUGGGAUCAGAGAUAGAGAUGGGGGAUGGGGGGGCAUAUGUGGACAGCAUGGGAGCAAUGCUGAAUCCUGAAAUGGUGGAGAUGGAAAGAAGGGGAAGUGUGGGAAGAGAAGCAGUGUUGUUUGGGCACAUUUAUGAAGGAGAAGAUGGGAAAGUGAAAUUUGGGAAGAUUAGAAUUGGAGAAGGAGGAUUUGUAGGGAGUAGAAGUGUGGUGAUGCCUGGUGUUAGAGUGGAGAGUGGAGGGAGUUUGAGUGCUUUGUCAAUUGCCAUGAAAGAAGAAAUUGUGAAGUCAAGGUGAAGAAGAAGAAGAUCACAAAAGCUUAGUUACUUUUUGUAAUGGUGAUUUAUACUUCGUGGCUUUUUUUUUUUGUUUCCCUCAAUAAAUUAACCGCCAAAGCUUAUAGAAAUUGAAAAGU